AUGGCCUACGCGUACUAUCAGUCGAGUGUCCCGCGAUGGGGGACACAAGAUUUCCAAUUCACGCGCCCUCCGUUGCCUAGAUGGCAGCCGCAACCGCACUGGAGCGGCAUGGACUACUAUCGCGCUCAUGCAGCGUACGACGAUCCCGGGCUCUUCCAGUCUGUCAUGGGACGUCUGGCUGUCGCGAUCGGCUCUGGAUUUCAUGAGGCGAGGCACUGGCAUCGCCGCGUGUAUAGUGGACAGGUUAACCUUGGUACAGUGCUCCCGACCGAACUGGGAAGUGCCGCCGCAUACGAAGCCUACCGCUAUUGGAAAUACCACCACCCUCUGUAUGAACUGCUUGACGGAGACCGCGAGCGCGAGAGGGACGCCAUGAUGGGUAUGGCCGUCGCAGAAGCGACGCACCUCUGGCAAUACACCGGUCGCCCGUUCGACAACCUUGGGCUCCGCGAAUCGUGCGAGACUGCUGCUGCGACCGCCUCGCAGAUCGCCGACAAGGUGCUCGGGUACGGUGGCGAUUACAGCGACUACGAGUCCCGAUCGAGCUACGGCCAGCAGGACUAUCACCGCUCGCGUUAUGACGACGGCCACGCGCACAGGCAACCGCGCACGCUCCGCCGCUGGUCCUCCGCCAACUCGAUGAACGGCGCGUACCUCUCCGGUGGCACGCCCGCGCCGUACGGCUCGGCGAGCCCGUACAAUGUUGCGUCCGGCGUGGUCCCCCAGGUCGCCCAGGCCAUGACGCCCGUCCCGGGGUACGCCCAGUCCGCUGGCGGCUUCGCGGUCCUCCCUGGCACGACUGCAGGCUACAUGCCUGCCGCCCCGCCGACGUACGGUGUGCAGCCUGCGCAGUACGGCGCGUACCAGGCGGGGUAUCCCGUGGUCCCUGGCGCGAUGGCUGGUGCAGUGGCCCCGAAUGCGUAUGGCGCCGCGUACGCCCCGGGCGGGGCCACGCCGGGCUAUGGUGCCGCAGGCUAUGGCGGCUAUCCCGGUCAGAUCCCUGCUGGCUCGACGAUCGUCCUCCGCCGACCGAGUAAACACCAUCACCACCACCACCAACGUGCGCGCAGUGUGAGCUUUAACAGCCGCCGCUGA